AGCCGGUGAGACUAAGAAUGCUGUGAGCGCCAUCCACCCCGCACCUGCAAACACAUACUCACCCCACUCCUCCACCUCGGACACCUUCCAUUCCAUCUGCACACGCAACCCCUGGUCUGGCCGGAUGAGUUACCACCCGGUGGACACGAUAGGGAGUCCAUUCAGGAGAAGUAUGGAUAGUAGGACCACCUACGGCCGCUCCACUGGCACCCCCUCAAGCGGGUUCCGUUCUCAGUCCUGGUCCAGGGCAAGCCCAGGCUCCACGAUGACCUCCUCCUACAAGAGGAGCGUCAAUAUGCCGGUAGCCAGAGCGUACAGCUCCACACUCCUCAGCUCCGCCGACAGCGUUGAUUUCAAUCAAACGAACGGAGACUACAGGCGCUCCAACGAGAAAGAGCAGCUCCAGGGGCUCAACGACCGCUUCUCCGGUUACAUCGACAAGGUGCACUACCUGGAGCAGCAGAACAGCCAGAUUGAAGAGGAGAUCCAGACGCUGCGGCAGAAGCAGGUGUCGCAAUCCCAGCUAGGCGAUUUAUACGACCAGGAACUCCAGGAGCUGCGCUCCAUGCUGGAGCAGAUUCACCACGAUAAAGCGCAGAUCCAGCUCGACACGGACCACGUCGAGGAUGACAUCCAGAGAAUUAGGGACCGCUUCGAUGAGGAAGCCCGCAUCAGGGAUGAGACGGAAGGCAUCAUCCGGGCGUUGAAAAAAGAUAUGACCGACUCUGAUUUGGUGAAGUCAGAGUUUGAGAAGAAAGUUCAGUCACUGCAUGACGAGAUUGCCUUUAUCCGCAACAACCACGAAGAAGAGGUGAGCGACCUGUUCGCCCAGGUGCAGGCGUCGCAGGUGACCAUGGAGAGGAAAGACAUCCAGAAGACGGACAUCACCGAGGCGCUCCGGGAGAUCCGCACCCAGCUCGAGGGCCACUCCAACCAGAACCUGCAGCAGGUGGAGGAUUGGUUCACGUGCCGCUACUCCAAGCUCACUGAUGCUGCGGCACAAAACAAAGAUGCAAUCAAGUCCGCCCGUGAUGAGAUAGCAGCCUACCGUCGCCAGCUUCAGUCCAAGACCGUGGAGUUAGAAUCCGUCCGUGGAACCAGGGAGUCACUGGAGAGGCAGUUGAAUGACAUCGAGGACCGACACAACAACGACCUGUCCAGCCUGCAGGAGACCAUCCACCAGCUGGAUAAUGAGCUCAAGGGCACGAAGUGGGAGAUGGCACGUCAUCUGCGUGAGUACCAGGACCUGCUCAAUGUGAAGAUGGCCCUCGACAUUGAGAUUGCUGCCUACAGGAAACUCCUAGAAGGUGAAGAGACCCACUUUAGCACUUUCCCCUACCACCACACCAUCACCUCCUCUAAGAAGUCCAAGUAUGAGCCUCCCAAACUGAAAGUCCAGCAUAAGUUUGUAGAGGAGAUCAUCGAGGAGACCAGGGUAGAGGAUGAGAAGGAUGAGAUGGACCAGGCCCUGGCUGACAUGGCCCAGGAGUUUUCUGCCACUCUGGAGGCAGAGGCAACAGAUGAAGGAGAGGAUGAGGGAGAAGAGGGAGGAGAAGAAGCAGAGGGAGAAGGGGGAGAGGGUGAAUCAGAAGAGGUUGUAGCCACCACUGAAGCCCAAGUUAGCUCCACCACACCUGCUGAGGAGGAAGAGGAGGACAAAGAAGGUGAUGAUGAAGAAGAAGAGGGAGAAAAAGAAGAAGAGGGUGAGAAGGGAGAAGAGGGUGAGGGUGAGAAGGGAGAUGAUACAGAAGGUGGUGAUGAGGGAGAAGGAGAGGGGGAAUUAGAGGAGACAGUCCUGUGCUCUAAAGUCCCAGAAUCAAAGGCCUCUCCUGACAAAGAGAUGGUUGGAGAGAAGGAGGGAAGCAGAGGAGAAGAGGAGACAGGAGAGGGAGAGGGAGAAGAGGAGGGUGAUGAUCAAGAUGAAGAUGCAGGUAGUGACAAAGGAUCCAAAGAUGGAGAUGAUAAGGAUGAGGAAGAUGAGAAGAAAGGAAAGGAUGAGAAAGAAGACAAAACAGAUGAGAAGGCAGCUGUAGCCAAGACAGAGGCUCCCAAAACAGAAGCCCCCAAGAGUGAGGCCCCAAAAGUUGAGGACCAGAAAUCUGAGUCCCCAACCCUCAAGCCAGACUCCCUAAAAGCUGAAUCCCCAAAGGCUGGGUCCCCGAAGUCUGAGUCCCCAAAAGCUGGAUCCCCCAAAAAUGAAUCUCCCAAAGCUGUAACCCCCAAAUCGGAAUCCCCAAAAUUUACAGGAUCCCCCAAAUCUGAAUCCCCAAAAACUACAGGAUCCCCCAAAUCUGAAUCCCCCAAAUUAGGAUCCCCCGAGGCAGAGUCCCCUAAGGGUGAGUUCCCCAAACCAGAAGCUCCAAUGUCAGAGGCCCCCAAGGCUGCAGAAGAGAAAGUAGACAAAAAGAGUGAUUCAGAGGAAGAGAGGAAGGUAGAAAAGAAAGAUGCAGCCAUGAACGGAGAUGUGGAGAAGAUUACCUGACUGAAACUGAGUAACUGCGCUCCAUCCAACCCACUCAGGAGGAACAAAGAUGACACGACAAAAAGCAAUCAACCCAGAACUAACAUAACAAAGAAAUCAUAGAGCUAGAGCGAUGUAAUAAAGAGAACCACUCUCAAACAUACAGAAAAGCAACGAGAGAAGCCAUAUGAUGUGACAAAGCUAACGUUUAAAAAAUGCAUGUUGAGAGAAAGCUUUAAAUGGGUUUUGCUGCAGAUUAUAUCAGGAAAAUUUGUUAAUGGGACAGAUUACUAAUUGUCUUCAUGUUUCCCUGCAGUUCAUGGGAGGGCUCACAGGUGGGGGCUUCUGCAUGCUAGCUCAGGGAGGGAGACCCCUCCGCUCUAACCUGUAUGGAUGGAUGGAAGGUUUACAGUUUAGAUGCAUACUGUAUGUGGGUGGGAGAGUGAUAGAAAUGUAUGUUCAUUCAAAUGUUAAUUCAAAAAGGGGUGCCUGUGUUGGAGGGUCCACUUUAGAGACACAUGUUCAAAAGGACUAGCCUUUUUAUGUGAAGAUACCAACUGAGCCAAAAAUACAAUCGUCUACAACACAAUAUAGUGAAGAAUGAGAAAGACGAUGGUGCAUUGUACUGAUGAUCAUAAACAUACAGUACCCAAAGCAACUAAAGCAUUAAGAACCUUGAAGAAACUCUGAGCCUUAAAGAUGCUUUUUAUCAGUAUCUAUUAUGUUUACCUAAUGAGUGCAAUUGAAAAUAAAUAUGUAAAUGCGCACACAGACAUUCUUGUAUGCAUAGGAUGGACUUGAAUUUAAAUAGUGAAUUUAAAUGAGGUGCUACAGUUUGCACUCCCAUGUCUUUACUCAUCAUGAACUAUUUCCCAGCAGCAUUUGCUCAAUAAAUGUCAUACUG